GGGGGACUGGGUAGGAGUUUAAGACGGGUGACCUGGGCAAGGAGGGCACAGACCAUCGCAUCAGGCAGACCCAGGCAUGGCCAGCAGGAAGACUAAGAAGAAGGAAGGGGGUGGCCUACGGGCCCAGAGGGCAUCAUCCAACGUCUUCUCCAACUUUGAGCAGACCCAGAUCCAGGAGUUCAAGGAGGCAUUCACACUAAUGGAUCAGAACCGAGAUGGCUUCAUUGACAAGGAGGACCUGAAGGACACCUACGCCUCUCUGGGCAAAACCAACAUCAAGGAUGAUGAGCUGGAUGCCAUGCUCAAGGAGGCCUCAGGGCCCAUCAACUUCACCAUGUUCCUGAACAUGUUUGGGGCAAAGCUGACAGGCACGGAUGCCGAGGAGACCAUCCUAAAUGCCUUCAAGAUGCUGGAUCCCAACGGCAAAGGCAGCAUCAACAAGGACUACAUCAAGCGGCUGUUGAUGUCCCAGGCAGACAAGAUGACCGCUGAAGAGGUUGACCAGAUGUUCCAGUUUGCCACCAUCGAUGCUGCAGGCAACCUGGACUAUAAGGCACUGAGCUACGUGCUCACCCACGGGGAGGAGAAGGAGGAAUGAGGGGCAUCUCCUCCAUCCGCACCCGGGCUGCAGCCAGUUCAAUAAACAUGAACCCACAAA